AUGAGCAAGGACAUCUGCAUCCACACCUGGCCGUGCACCUAUUAUGCAGAACUUGAGAAGCGAUGGGUGCCAGGUAAACUGUCCUUAAUGCCGCUGGCACUCAGAUUCGUGGCUGACAGCACAGGAGAGAUCCUUGUUGGUUUUCCCUUGACCAGUGUUGUUAAGAUCAAGAAGGAGGCCUCACAUUUCAUCUUCAGCUCCCUUACCAUCCUAGAGAAUAGUGGCGCCAAGCACUGGUUCAGCUCCCUGCAGCCGAGUCGGAAUGUUGUCUUCAGCAUUAUUGAGCACUUCUGGAGAGAGCUGCUGCUGUCACAGCCUGGAGCGGUGGCUGGGGCAUCCACCUCCAGGACCCGUGGGGAGGAACUCACAGCACUGAUGGCUGGCUCACAGAGGCGCCUAGAGGACACUGCAAGAGUUCUUCACCACCAGGGGCAACAGCUAGACAGUGUCAUGAGGGGCCUGGACAAGAUGGAGUCAGACCUGGAGGUGGCUGACAGAUUGCUGAUGGAACUGGAAUCUCCUUCUUGGUGGCCCUUCAGCUCCAAGCUUUGGAAGACGCCAUCAGAAACAAAGCCCAGAGAAGGUACCUCAGCGGCCAGUUGUGAGCCUUUUGGAAAAGAAGGCAUAGUGAUCAAAAUUCCUGCCAUUAUUUCCCAAAGGACAGAGUCUCAUGUUAAGCCAGGGAGGCUUACCGUCUUUGUCUCUGGGUUGGAAAUCCAUGACUCCAAUUCUUUGCUCAUGCACAGGUUUGAAAGAGAAGAUGUGGAUGACAUUAAGGUCCAUUCACCUUAUGAAAUUAGCAUCCGCCAGCGAUUUAUUGGAAAGCCAGAUGUGGCUUAUCGUGUCAUAUCUGCCAAGAUGCCAGAAGUCAUCCCUAUUUUAGAAAUGCAGUUCAACAAGAAGAUCGAAUUGUUGGAAGAUGCCUCAAUGCUCAGAAGCAUGAAAGCUUCUCCUGUGGAGAAGAGCAGCUCAGUCUGGCACGCAGCAUCCGGGCUGAUGGGCCUCACCGUGCACCGAGAGCCAACUGCAGGGAGCCAAGAGGGCGGGCCAACACAGCUGCAGAUGAACCGGCCACUUCUCUCAGAGGGGGAAGCCCAGGAACUGGCCCAGAUCCUGAGGAGGAUGAAGGGGCUGGCCCUGGAUGCGGAGACAGAGCUGGAAAGACAGGAUGAGGCCCUGGACAACAUGACCACAGCUGUGGACCGGGCAACCCUGACCAUUGACAAGCACAACCGGCGGAUGAGAAAGCUGACAUAAAGCUGCCCUUGUCCCACAGGCCUGCACUGGGCUCCUGUCUCUGCCCUGCAUGUCUCCCACCCCAAGAUGAAGGCCUGGGAGACAACAUUUCUGUGACACACCAAGGGAAUGCACUUGCCUCAAACAGGGCCUGAGACCAUGGGGACACAUGCCCCAGCUUGCUGGCUGCUCUGCCCAGCUGGGGACAGGCGGCCUGGCCUAGCACCAAGGCUGUGCCUUCCUCCUCCUACUGUUUUUGCUGCACAUGAGAGGAAGAUGUCUCCUGAAGGGUCUCCUUGCAGCUCCUACAGGCAUGGUCUGUGAAUGAAGUGAGGAUAGGAACUCCCCACCACCACCACCACCCAGGAUGACUGUAGUCCCAGGGCACAGACCUACUCACCAUGUUCAUCAUUAGGACAGACACCUUUCCUCUUAGAUGUCCUGAGGUUCUUUGAAUGAAGCUAGAGUCUAGCACAUCUCUCUGGAGCAUCCUCUAAGCACCCUGCAUAUUCUCUUCUUACCCAGUUUUUAACUAAAAGUGAAAAUAGCAUGACUAUACCUUAAAAAAAAACUAUUGAUUUUUUUUUUUUUUGACUUUCGUGGCUCCAUUUCCAUCUUAAAAUAAAAGGGAAGUGCUCAUUUUAGAACAUUCCUUAAAGACUCAUGUCAGUGUUCACUGCCAAAGGGUUCUGUGUGUCCCUGGAGCCCUUGAGGACAGCAGGUGCAUGGCUGUCUGGGAUGGGGAAUUGGGGUGGCCCUGGCCAGUUCUGCCCCAUCACAGCAGACUGGGACAACUCUACCAUAGAAGCCCUGUCCCUAGCCAGGGUCUGACCUACCUUGGUCCUGCCAAGAUGGCUCACAGACCUGAACUGCCCAUACUGGCAUGUGUAGCAUUAGUGUCCUGAAGCUGCAGACAUCUCACAAAUUUGGGCACUAUAACAGGGAUCAUUACUGAAGGUGUGAGGCCGGGAGCCCAGUAUCAAAGUGUCCCAAGCUGUGCUCCCCCUGGAGGCUCUGUAGGGGACCUGCAUGGCCUCUUGUAGCUCCUUGGGAAGCUCUGGGUGUGCGUAGUUCUGGGUCACUCUGUGAUCUCAGGCUAUCUUCCCAUCUGUGUGUCUCAAAUCUCCCCUUUCUCUCAGCGGAGUGCCAGUCACUAGGUUCAGGGCCCACCCUAAUCCAGGACCAUCUUAUCUCAAAGUCUCUCACUGAUUAUACCUGCUAAUAAGGGCCCAUCCUGAGGCUGCACAUGAAUUUGGGAGUCACUGUUCGAGCCUCCAAGGCCAGCCUUGGAUAGAAGUUCAGCAUGGUUGAAACUGACUGACAUAGUCCAAGAAGAUGUUGAAGGAGCACAUCCAGGAAGUCACCAUUAGGAGGAACAUUCAUCUUCUUUCCUUUUUUAAUCUGGUGGAUUGUUUCCUACUUUCUGUCUUACUUGGUUUAUACUUAGCAACCUCUAAGGAGGAACUCAGGCCCAUCCCUUGAAGAGUCCUUAUUCUUUUUUUUUCUUUUUCUUUGUAUUAAUUUAAGGGGGGUGAGUGUAAUUGUGUUACAUGCAUCAAUUGCAUAAUGGUGAAGUUAGGGCUUUUAGGGUAUCCACUACUUGAAUAAUGAGCAUCAUACCCAUUAGGUAAUUUCUCUCCACCUACCUUCCUUCCUUUUGAGUCUCCACUAUCGGUGUCCAUGUGUGCCUGUCGCUUAGCUCCCGUUUAUAGAUUAGUAGAUGUGGUGUUUGUUUUUCCAUCUCUCAGACCAUUCCUCAGAUAAGAUACUUCACUUAGGAUAAUGGUCUCCAAUUCCUUCCAAAUUGCUGCAAAAGGUAUUCAUUCUUUUUAUGGCUGAGUCCCUAGCCAGGGUCUCAGUGUAUACUACAUGGUAUACACAUACCAUAUUUUGUUAAUCCACUCAGUUGAUGGGCACUUGGGCUGGU